GUCUUAACAAACAUCAGCAAUUCAUGGACAAGACAAGAGUGAAAUCUACUAAGCGAGUUGGUAUCUUUUAACAACACAACGGCUCACUCACUCCCAACAAAAAUCUCUAUGAUUCUACAACUCCAACACAAGCAACAUAUCAUAACAAGCUUACUUGCUUGAUUGAACAUGCAUGUAUUAACACCAAAUACUCUUGUCUAUCUUCCCCACCUCUUUUCGAAAUCUUCUCUUUUUUACUUCCAAAACCAUUCGAACUUAACGAUACCCAACAGCUAUGGAGGUAAUUUAAGCCUGCUUGUGUUUACUCCGCAGUCUUUUACACCACUCUAUAGGAAUUUCAAGACGAAGCGAAGUAACAAUUUAACCCUUUUGAGGGCAAGUCGGAGAGAGUCUCCUUAUGAGGUUUUAGGCGUGUCUCCUUCUGCAACUGCUGCUGACAUCAAAAGGGCUUAUCGGAAACUUGCUUUGAAGUAUCACCCUGAUGUCAAUAAAGAGGCAAAUGCGCAAGAGAAAUUUAUGAGGAUUAAGCAUGCAUACAGUACAUUGCUGAAUUCUGAGUCUAGGAGAAAAUAUGAUUUUGGAAAUCGUUCAUCUGACUUUUCCUACACUACUGGUCAAAGAAACCAAAGCACAAAUGCCCAAGAUGAAGAAGAAUUCUAUGGAUUUGGUAAUUUUUUGAGGGAUGUCCAAGUAACAGUAGAGGACUUCUUUAGAGAUCUUCAAGAGGAAUUCCGGAAUUGGGAAUCUAGUGCUGCUUCACAGGGGAAGCCUAAGAGUCUAUGGGAGGAAUUGGCGGAAAUUGGAGAAGAAUUUGUGGAGUUCCUAGAAAAAGAGCUCAACAUAACUGAUGCAGAAUCCGAAGCAAAUAACAAUUGGGAGGGGUCUGGAAAAGGCAACCCUUUUAACAGUUCAUCAACAGGGAGAACAGAUAGUGGCAUGCAAAAUGAAGCCGAAAAGGGAAGCAGCAUUGACGAGAACAUUGAUGAUAUAGAAGCUACUCUAGCAAGGUUGAAAAAGGAAUUGGGUUUGUAGCAAGGAAAUGUAUUUUAUAUAUAUAUAUAUAUAUAUACAAUUAAAUUGAUUCUUUAAUGCAAAAGAUAUAGGAGGCCAAGGCCGUGUUUUUGCCUUCAUAACCAUAUACCAAAAUGCUCAGUUCUAAUGUCUCUGAGGGUGACUUCUUGUGUGCCUAUCUUAUGAUAGAAGGUACACUUCCACUUAUUGUGAUGACGCUAG